AUGUCCACAAACAAGCGUAAACGUGCUCGAAAAGCUUGCAAUCCGUGCCACCAGCGCAAGCGAAAAUGCGAUGGGGAGUAUCCGUGUGGAACGUGCUCCACCUACCAGUAUCAAUGCAGGUACGACGACGACAUCACCGGGACUGCGGAUCCCCCAGUCGCCAAGCGCGCUGUUCUCGAGGGACGUAACAUGCAGAUCCAACCCCCCGUGGUAAAUGAAGGCAGCCCGUCCACUGGCAAGAGCCCCGGCAUCUUCGAGGAGCACAAGUCCAGGUACACCGGCGCAUCGGCAGCCAUGGCCUUCCCGCAUAUAUUAGGCCUGGCUCUCGGGUCUGCCAACCCUCCCAAGAUCAAUUCAACUGCGUACAACUUUGGCAUCCGCCCGGAAGAGGCUUCCAACACGUAUGGUUUGCUGGACAGCCUGAUCUCCGAGGACAACCUCGCCUUUUACUCGGACGUGUACUUCUCUGCAAUGGGCUCCAUUGGAGAUGUCAUUGACCCCAGGAUCUAUGCUCAGCGGUGUCGCGAGUAUUAUCAUGGGCCCGGCAGUCCGCCGGUCGCCUUUGGUGCUAUAGCCGCUAGUGUUGCUGCAGUCGGAUCCUUCCUCUCUUCAGUUAGGUACUCCCGCGAGUCGGACCUACUACAGUACGCGAAAUCUAUUCUCGAUGAUCCGGCCUCGAUACGGAUGCUGAGCGUCGAUCAUAUCAUCGCGUGGGGCAUGCGGUUAUUCUAUCUCCGAGCCACAUCCCGGCCUAGUAGUGCCUGGGUCGCCUCCUGUACGCUUAUGCACCUCUGCGAAGUCGUCGGGCUGCAUAAGGAAGAAAACAUCCAACGUAUAGCGUCUGUCGCUAAUGCCGCUGCUCUUGGCCAUGAUGCGGACCGGCUGAGGCGUAUCUUCUGGAUCCUAUGGGCCGGACACCAGAUGCUGUCCUACGAGUGCGAUCGGUCGGCAGUGACAUUUGCAGCCGUGACUACGCAGGCGAUUAUUGCAACCCCAGGAUCUGUUGCCGACCAGUUUGUGCGAAUCAUCCAGAUUAUCCCGUCGCCGAACUCUCCGUUCCAACUUGACUCUCAGCCUUCAUCUCCAAGGGAGGAGCUAUCCGAGCGUCUUACGGCAUUGAGCAAACUAGAUUUCACGCAUUCGUUCUUAGUCGCCACCAAGGCGGACCUCGCAUUCUGUUUCUAUCGACGUAUCUACCAGUUCAAGGCAGGCAUCACGGAUGAAACCAUCCAGGUUGUCAUCGAUAGCGGUAGGGAUGGACUAGAGGCAGCUGAGCAGCUCGCCAGCCAAGGCCGUCUACUAUGGAAUGUUAUCGGCAGUGUCUUCCAGUAUACUUGUAUCUUGUUGGCCAUCGACACCCCAGCCUCGUCCGCCCACAUUCCUGCUGCUUUUAAGAGGCUGGAGAAUCUUGUCAGGGCAACGGAUACAGCACUCACCCGACAGGCACUCUCUAUAGCACGGCAUCUUCUCAGUCUUAAUAUAGCGAAGAAACGAAAGGAAAUUUCGCAGCUGGAGGCUGUCGAGGCAGGAUACGAAGCCUUUCAAACCCCACCGGAACCCGAGCCCAACACCACUGUGCCAGAUCUUGUUGGCUGGGGGGUGGACUGGGACCAGUUUCUCGUGGAGCCAUAUCUGUCGAUGUUUCCCGACAUUGAGAUGAUGUAA